AAUACUGACUAUGGAAAGAGUGUAAUUGUGAUUUGAGUGAGGUAGAUCCAUUUUCAAAAUCUCUCAUUGUGUCUCUCCAAUACAUCGGAUCGGACGGUGACAAAGCAAGAUGAAGCUCACCCUAAGUUACGGGAUCAUCUUGUUGUUUCUCACUGGCUGUCACACAAAUGAUGUCUUUCUACAGAAACCUUCGGCUCUGCAGCUCCUGUCUCGAGUCCCCAGAACAAACCAGUUUGCAGAAGAGCUUAGAGAAGGGAACCUGGAGCGAGAGUGCGUGGAAGAAACAUGCUCAAAGGAAGAAGUCCAAGAGAUUUUUGAAGAUGAUUUCAAAGUGGAAUCCUUCUGGAAACUCUACAUAGCCAGGCAGAAGUGUAAUUCAACUACCUGCCAAAAUAAUGGGACCUGUCAGAACACCGCCACGGGAGUACAAUGUAAAUGUCUCGGAGGAUUUAAUGGAACCUUCUGUGAAACAGAUAUCAAUGAGUGUGACUUAACGCCCGCAUGCCCACCAGGAACGACUUGUGUAGACGGAAUCAACAAUUUCACCUGCAUUUGCCCAGCUGAAGGAUGCUAUGCAAAUUCUGAAUCAUAAACAGGCAGUCGUGAAGGACUUGUUAUGGAUCUUAAAUCAGAAUCAAUAUUUACAAUUAAAUAUGGAGCUGAGCUUGAAUCGGAAGAAUCAAACUCAGAUGCAGGAUUUCAGCCAAAAAUGAUGACCAUCCUUCUGUCUUCCACAGAUGCUAUCUAACCUACUGAGUUUGCUCAGCAUUUCGUUGUUGCUUCAGAUUCAUAAAGGGGUUGGGGAGGGGGGUCCUCUCUCUUAAAUAAGCAUUUUCUGGCUCAAUCAGCAAACACUGCUUGCAGUGCCAAACAGAAGCAGGUUCCCAGGUUUGGUGAAUAAGACAAAAAUAUUGACUACAAACAAGCAUUUUCUUGCUGCUCCAGAUUCCAGCACCUGUCUCUUGUGUCUCCAAAAUCAUUGUCAAUGUCCACCAACCUCUUCAACUUCUGCCAUUAAAGUCUGGAUUCUACAAAUCCCAGUGAUCAGUUGUCAUUC